AAGGACCAUAAGAUAAUAAUAAUUGGCAGACAAAUCUUUGCCUUUCUCUCGCUCUCCCUCUCUCUCUCUCUUUCACUCUCAGUCACAUACACUUCCAAAUCAAAAUCCUCUGUUCCAUCUUUCUCCCUAAUAACCUCCAGACAAGGAACUGAAAGCUGAAUAUUUCAUAUACAAAAGAGAAAGAAACGUCAAACUCUGCACCUUAGAGAGAUUAAGAAUCUCAAGUUUUGAUGCAAGAAGAACAAACUUUGACUAAGACAAAGAUGAUGCAGAGAACAAGAGAAGUCAAAAAGAGUUGUGCUUUGUUCUCUUUAACCUUCUUCUUUAUCUGUUUCCUCUCUUUUUCUUCUGCAGAGCUCACUGACAAAGGUGUUAACUAUGAAGUUCUUGCCUUAAUAGGAAUCAAAAGCUCACUGAUUGAUCCUCAUGGAGUUCUAAUGAAUUGGGAUGACACAGCAGUUGAUCCAUGUAGCUGGAACAUGAUCACUUGUUCUCCUGAUGGUUUUGUCUUAAGCCUAGGAGCUCCAAGCCAGGACUUGUCAGGAACUCUUUCAUCAAGUAUUGGCAAUUUAACAUAUCUUCAGACUGUGCUACUGCAGAACAAUUACAUAACAGGACAUAUCCCUCAUGAGAUUGGGAAAUUGAUGAAACUCAAAACACUUGAUCUCUCUACCAAUAACUUCACUGGUCAAAUCCCACUCACUCUUUCUCAUUCCACAAAUCUUCAGUACUUGAGGGUUAAUAAUAACAGCCUGACAGGAACAAUUCCAAGCUCAUUGGCAAACAUGACCCAACUCACUUUUUUGGAUUUGUCGUACAAUAACUUGAGUGGACCAGUUCCAAGAUCACUUGCCAAAACAUUCAAUGUUAUGGGCAAUCCUCAGAUUUGUCCAACUGGAACUGAGAAAGACUGUAAUGGGACUCAACCUAAGCCAAUGUCAAUCACCUUGAAUAGUUCUCAAAAUAAACCAUCGGAUGGAGGAACAAAAAACCGAAAAAUCGCGGUAGCUUUCGGUUUAAGCCUUACUUGUGUUUUCUUGUUGAUCAUUGGCUUUGGUUUUCUUCUCUGGUGGAGAAGAAGACAUAACAAACAAGUAUUAUUCUUUGACAUCAAUGAGCAAAACAAGGAAGAAGUAUGUUUAGGGAAUCUAAGGAGGUUUAGUUUCAAAGAACUUCAAUCUGCAACGAGUAACUUCAGCAGCAAGAAUCUUGUCGGAAAAGGAGGGUUUGGGAAUGUGUAUAAAGGUUGUCUUCACGAUGGAACCAUCAUCGCGGUCAAGAGACUGAAGGAUGUAAACAAUGGCGGUGGAGAGAUUCAGUUUCAGACUGAGGUUGAGAUGAUAAGCCUCGCCGUGCACAGGAAUCUCCUCCGUCUUUACGGCUUAUGUACUACUUCCUCUGAACGGCUUCUAGUUUAUCCUUACAUGUCCAAUGGAAGUGUCGCUUCUCGUCUCAAAGCUAAACCGGUAUUGGAUUGGGGGACAAGAAAGCGAAUAGCAUUAGGAGCAGGAAGAGGGUUACUGUAUUUGCACGAGCAAUGCGAUCCAAAGAUUAUUCACCGUGACGUCAAAGCUGCUAACAUACUUCUCGAUGAUUACUGUGAAGGGGUUGUCGGAGAUUUCGGGUUGGCUAAGCUUUUGGAUCAUGAGGAGUCGCACGUGACAACCGCCGUGAGAGGAACAGUUGGUCACAUUGCACCUGAGUAUCUCUCAACAGGACAAUCUUCGGAGAAGACAGAUGUGUUCGGUUUCGGGAUUCUUCUUCUCGAAUUGAUUACUGGAUUGAGAGCUCUUGAAUUUGGAAAAGCAGCAAACCAAAGAGGAGCAAUUCUUGAUUGGGUGAAGAAACUACAACAAGAGAAGAAGCUAGAACAGAUAGUAGACAAGGAUUUGAAGAGCAACUACGAUGGAAUCGAAGUGGAAGAGAUGGUUCAAGUGGCUUUGCUUUGUACACAGUAUCUUCCGGUUCACCGUCCUAAGAUGUCUGAAGUUGUGAGAAUGCUUGAAGGCGAUGGUCUUGUUGAGAAAUGGGAAGCUUCUUCUCAUAGAGCAGAAACCAAUAGAAGUUACAGUAAACCUAACGAGUUUUCUUCCUCUGAACGUUAUUCGGAUCUUACAGACGAUUCCUCGGUGCUUGUUCAAGCUAUGGAGUUAUCAGGUCCAAGAUGACAAGAGAACGUAUAUAUAUAUCGAUUUGGGUUUGUCAAAAACAUAUAUAAACUUGUGUAUUUUUGUUUUAAAGCUACAAUCUUGUACAGGUUUUGGUGUCAGUAAGACAUAUUUUCUAAGUGCCUGUCGAAAAAAUUAUCCUA